CAGAGCUGAGUCCGGGGCUCUUUUGUUCCGCGGAGCUGGGACGAUUGGCUGGGCCCGGGGGAGCUUCGCUUAGCCUAGCUUAGGUGAGGAGGGGCACCAGGCGCUAGCCGCGGCCGCCACUCCUCCUGAUUUAGACAGCUCACCCUCCUUCUCGCUGUCCCCAGUCUCCAGCGACGCGCUAGCGGCGCGACACCGAUUCCCCCCGGGUUGAGUCGACGCUGCUCUGAGCAGCGUCAACCUUUAAACCAGAAAGCUGGCGGGUACAAUGGGAAAAAAGCAAAACAAGAAGAAAGUAGAGGAAGUACUAGAAGAAGAGGAAGAAGAAUAUGUGGUGGAAAAAGUCCUUGACCGGCGAGUGGUGAAGGGCAAAGUGGAAUAUCUCCUGAAGUGGAAAGGCUUCUCCGAUGAGGACAACACUUGGGAACCAGAGGAGAACCUGGAUUGCCCUGACCUCAUUGCUGAGUUUUUACAAUCACAGAAAACAGCCCACGAGACAGACAAAACAGAGGGAGGCAAACGCAAAGCUGAUUCAGAUAAUGAAGAUAGGGGAGAGGAGAGCAAACCAAAAAAGAAGAAAGAGGAGUCAGAAAAGCCCCGAGGUUUUGCCCGAGGUUUGGAGCCAGAAAGGAUUAUCGGUGCUACAGAUUCCAGUGGGGAAUUGAUGUUCCUGAUGAAAUGGAAAAACUCUGAUGAAGCUGAUUUAGUUCCUGCCAAGGAAGCCAACAUCAAGUGCCCCCAAGUGGUCAUCUCCUUCUACGAGGAGAGGCUGACGUGGCAUUCUUACCCUUCAGAGGAUGAUGACAAGAAAGAUGACAAAAAUUAAUUCCAUCAUGUGCCAGCCUCUGUGUCCCUCAGACUGUGGAUUGGAAGUGGGGAGGGUAGAAGGAGUUCUGCUUGUCUUGACACCAUAGAGGGGGCUUGAGAAGAUGUCCUUUGAAGAGCCAGUAUGAUUCCUGUGCCCUGCAGCAGCAUCCCAAGGGCUUUAGGCAGUUCUGUGCUGUACACUUUGCAAACCUGUCCCAGUGGAGGGGAAAAGGGUUUUGGGGCAGCCCAUCCUUCACUUUGCUGAGAGGAGAAGCAAAGGCCCUUCCAUGAAGGACAGACCUUGUGGAGCAGAUGUUGGGGUGAACAAAGAGAUAGAUACUGCAGCUCUUCAAAGAGCAUCUCCACAACCCACUGGCCGCCUUCCCAAUAGUGUUAACUCUGCAUUUUUACCACGUAGCAUGUGUGUAGUUUUUGGCUAUUACUGGUGUAUCAUUUGGAGGGGUGGGGGAAGGGAUAAAGGGAAAUGAGUAGGGUCAUUUUUUUGUUAACAUGGGGGGAGGGGGGGAGCGAACUGACAAGAGUCCAGUUCCGUGUCCAGAAACUUAACUUUUUUUUAAAUGGUCAUUGGCAACCUAAAUGAGGACUGUGAGAGACUGUACAAAGCUGUGAAUGUCUGAAACCUAUAAGCCAAGGUAUGCUUUGCCUGAAUUUAGUGCUAUCUCCCAAAAACUACUCCAAGCUGGUUGGAGAUGAAACUCUUCUAGGAGUUGAGAUUGGGGUUGGGGAGGGGGGCUUUCGGGGAGAGGAGAAGCACAGAUAGGGGAGUCUGUUGUUUAGUUAAGGUGCUAAUUCUUGUAAUUGAACAGAAAAUCCUACAACCUCCCACCUCCUCCAACUGAGGUGUUUUACAUCUCAGCUUGUGUAUCCAGCCAAUGAAGUAUGGAGGUAGAGGAAGACAGGGCCCAUAGUCUUAGGGCAUAGAUAACUCUUGGAGCCUCUCUGUUUCCUGGAACUCAGAAACCAUUGAUGGUAGAGUUCUAACACUGACAGCACAAGUUUAAUCAGCUCAACACAAGGGUUGAAUGAUUUAGAAAGCCUCAGGAAAAGAAUGAACUUUUACCCUGGGCAUUGGUUCACUUUUUUAAAAACACGGUUAAAAUGGAAUUUUAAAAAUCCUGGGAAUUACCUAGUCCCUGAAAUAAUUCAUGUCUUAAAUCAUGAGACCCACCAGUUCUCCACAUCACCCAGGGUGGGCUGUACUAGAUCUUCAAUGUAAAAACAAAGCCUUUUUUUUUUUUAAAGCAUGUUUUUAGGUUUCUGUGAAAACUUUGAUUAAAUGUAAACUUGUUGGAUUUGAACUUCAUACCAAGCUCUGUCAGUUUUUGUCUUAAUAAAGUUUAGAUUUAUAA